CGAACGUGCACUUGCAACUGAUUACAUCUCUCUUUGUGUCUCCAUACGAUAGCUUGUUCCCCGCCGGCUGGUCGUUAUACUAUACGUAUUCAUUGUGCAGAGCACUUCCCCUCUCUCUCGCAAACCAAAUACGAAAACAGCUUUGCCGACACAAUCACCUCCCGAUACCACCCACUACUCGCAUUCCCUCCCCAAUGUCAAAAAAAGCACCGGCAAAGACAAGUCGUCAAGCCGCACCUGCGGAGCCUACGGACCCUGCGAAGGCCUUUGCGAUCCCCAAGUUUAAACGCCUUGUUUCCGAGAUUCUCCGUCACUUUGGUGACGGGUCCAUCCAGUCGAGCGCCGUUGGGGCGCUACAGGAAAUAGCCGGAGAAUAUGUCACGUAUCUUCACAAGCACUAUAAAGGCAUAUCCCGUGGAAGCGAGAAAGUUGGAUCUGAGAACGGGGCGAUGGGAAUAAUGGAGAAGGUUAUGGUCAAUCUGGAUCUGAAGGAUUUGAAGGCGGCUGCCAAGGUUUACGAGGCAGCGGGUUCCGGCUCCGCUGAGGCAGGGGAUUCUCUCUCGGAGGGCUGGAAACGUUCCAUUCGCCUUCUGGCCCGCCGCGGCGGCGCCGAGAUUCCCUCUGACGGUGUUUGCAAAAUGACCUUCGACCUUUUGGUGUGCUUCCUGGAAAACAUAAUUCGUGAUGCUUUGACGUAUGCACAAUUUGGGAAGAGAAGGACCGUCAACUCACUUGACAUUGUGUAUGCUCUCAAGCGGUUGAGCCGGUCGGCAGAAGAGUCGGCAGAAGAGUCCGCAGAAGAGUCGGGGGAAGACUCGCAUGACGCCUCUAGGUGUCCCACUCCACAAGAAUCAUCCGACGGUAGUAGCUCGAAGUCGAAGCCGAAGCCGAUUCAACAACGCUCAGCAAAACGGAAAGCGCGUGAAGAUGAUGUACUUGUUGUCGAGGAGGCAGCCAACACUUUACAGGAAUCAUCCGAAGGUAGUAGUAGCUCGAAGCCAAAGCUACCCCAGCAACGCUCAGCAAAACGUAAAGCGAGUGUAAAUGAUGUAAUUGUUGUCGAGGAGGCCACCAAGCCUCCACGGCGGCACAACGACUCUGACAGUGCACUGGACAGCAGUACGGAUCCCGAUUCAGAAUCAAACUCAGAAUUCUGUUAUGCUCGGUUCAAGAAAGAGAGGGCAGAGAGAGCGCGGAGAAACGCUCGCAAGUUGGAGGAUGCCGAGUUCAAGGUCAUUCGUGACGUAAAUUUGGGGUCGCUAUCAAGCGACAUGGCCAAGGCGGCCGUCUACGAAAUCGCUUUCAACAGCAAAAGGAGCAUCAUGUAUGUUGGAAUGACCACCAAUAUGGCUGACCGCCUUCAACAACAUCUCGGCUUCAAGAAGGUCGAUAAGAAAUGCUCGCAUAUCGCUCCAAUGGUCCAAUAUGCAAUCGAGAAGAAUGUGGUUGUUCUCUAUCGUUGCGUGUAUGUCGGAUCCGGGCAAGCUGCGAUCGAUGCCGAGCAGCACAUGUUGGACAAGUACUGGUACGAGUGGAAUAAACGAGAUAAUACGCCCAAGGACAAGGCGGGCAAAAAGGCAAAAAAGGAGGCUUUAGAAAAAUCGAAGGGACAUCGGACACGAAAGACUGCAGCCUAGAGUACGUAGUCUAUGGGGGGGCGCGAUACUACUGUAGGUCCAUGUCGAUAGUUUCCAUCCAGUCUCGUCAAACCAUAGUCAAUGAAUAUAUAAGAACGUUCCGCGC